UGUUGCCUACUUGGUCUUUCCCUACAUUUGGAGGGGCAGAGGGCUGGGAGGUGGGAGCUCUUCUCCUCUUUCCCAGGCAGUCUGAACUCCUUGGAUGGCGAGGCUGAGAUAGAGCCAGAAUAAAGAACAACGUCCAGAUUGCUUCAGCUACAACUGCUUAACAGGGAGUGCCUGGAGAUGCAAAAUAAGCAGUUUGCAGGUAUCAGGAUCAUGCAAUUAAAAGGGAGUUCCUCAGUGGUUGAACCCUGUGCUGAACACUUCGCUUUCAAACCAGCUUAAUGUCAUCGCGAAACUGAGGCGAUAGUGCGAUCCUACGGUCACGUAAGACUCUGAUGAUGUAACAGGGGACAACAGUAGAUGACUGAUGAAAGCCUGGAGGACAGGCGGUGGGCGCUGCGGGAGGACACCUCGGGCAGACCCUCCGGGGCAGCCCUGCGGGUUCCUGACGCUGGCUGCGGCCUGGUCCCCGGGAGCCGCUGCACCACGCUGACGCUCGCUCCUGUCAACGUGGAGAAAGCCAGCGGGCAGGCAGGCGCUGGAAGCCACCGCCACGCAGACACCCGCAACCACGCGGGAGGCUCUCAGGAAUUCAAAGGCUGGAGGGGGAAAAAAAAAAAAAAGAAAAAAAAAAUUGGAUUUAUUUCAUUCGGUAGCAGGUACUUUUAAAGAUCUUCAAUCGUGAAAACCAUAAACUGGCAGAAAAUUCCUUGCAGCGUAUCACACGCUGUCGGAAAAUCCAGAGAAAAAAGCCCGUUCAACCACUUUAGGUAUCUGGGUACGUGGGCCAGGCACCAUAGAGCUCCCUCCGGCGCUAGAGCGGCCACCGCAGAGCCGGCAGCAUGUAGCAGGAUCCGCCAUGCCGCUUGUGGGCACCGUCUCCUGCGCCGCUUCGCGGUCGCCAGCCAAUCGCCGCGCAGGGGGGCACCGCCCGGGUGGGCGGGGCGGGGCGGAAGUGGGCGGGGCUGGCUGUGCGCGGGAAGCGGGGCCGCGGCGGCAGGUUGCUGGGGGGGUUGUUUCUGCGUGGGGACCGCUGCUGUGGGGACGAGGGGGUUGGUCACGGCGGCAGCUCCGGAGGGGGGAGAUGCAGUUCUCCAGCAGCCGAGCGAGGCAGAGGCAGGCGCGCCUGGCUGGGGACCGGCGGGAGCUGUACCCUCACAGCCUGCAGUUCUACCUGGAGCCCCCCACGGAAAACAUCUCUCUGGUGGAGUUUGAGAGCUUUGCCGUCGACCGCCUGAGGCUGCUCAAAGUAGUUGAAAACCUUGGUGUGAGCUAUGUAAGAAGUAGUGAUUUGUACAGAACUAAGCUGGAGUCUGAGCUCCGGAAACUUAAGUUUCCCUACAGAGCUUUGGCUGAGGAUGAUUAUGAGGCCAGAAGAAAAGACCAUAUCUCUCAUUUCAUACUACGUCUUGCUUAUUGUCAGUCUGAGGAUCUCAGGCGUUGGUUUCUUCAACAAGAAAUGGAUCUCUUGCGGUAUCGCUUCAAUGAACUAACUGACGUUUUAAGACAGAAAUUCCUAGAACAUGUCAAUUUAUCAUUCGAAGCUAUUAGUGAAGACCUGAAAAAUGAAUUGGUGAAUGAUCUGUAUAUAUCAACCCCUGGCUUCACUCCAAGUAAAGUAAAAGAACAAAUGUUCUACCGGGUUGGUCUUGCAGAUGCUGUGGAUCUGUUUAGAGCCAGAAGAGUGUUUAUUAAAGAUGGCUUUGCAUAUGUGCCACUUAAGGACAUUAAUGCGAUUGUUUUAAAUAACUAUAGAACAAAGUUAUCUAAAGCGCUGGCGCUGACAGCACGAUCGCUGCCUUCCAUACAGUCCGACGAGAGACUACAACCUCUGCUUAAUCAUCUCAGCCAUUCUUAUGUUGGCCCAGAUUACAGCGUGCAAAAGAACACUGGAAAAAUUUCACUAGAACAGAUAGAUGCUCUUUCUGUGAAAUCAUUCCCUCUUUGCAUGCGCCAGCUGCACAAAGGGCUACGUGAUAGCCAUCAUCUCCGGCACGGGGGCCGUAUGCAGUAUGGACUGUUCUUAAAAGGCAUUGGCUUGACUCUGGAACAGGCACUGGAAUUUUGGAAGAAAGAAUUUAUCAGAGGAAAAGUGGAUGCAGACAAGUUUGACAAAGGAUAUGCUUACAGCAUUCGCCACAACUACGGGAAAGAAGGAAAGAGAACUGAUUAUACCCCAUACAGCUGCAUGAAGAUUAUCAUGUCUAAUCCACCAAGUCAAGGGGAUUAUCAUGGGUGCCCAUUCCGCCACAGUGAUCCUGAGCUAUUGAAGCAGAAGCUGCAGUCAUACAAGAUCCCUCCCAGUGGAAUAACUCAGAUCCUGGAAUUAGUGAAGGGCAUGCAUUACCAACUGGCCUGUCAGAAGUACUUUGAGUUGACACACGAUGUUGAUGACAUUGGGUUUUCUUUGAAUCAUCCGAAUCAGUAUUUUACAGAGAGUCAAAGGCUAUUAACUGGUAGUAGAGAACUGAAGAAGGAACUAAGUAAUUCAGGAAACUCUCAACAAAAAAGUAAUAGUCAGGAAAGCAUGAAUUCAAAUUCUACUCCCACUUCUUCAAAUACAAUGGCUGAUGCAGAACUGGAGGGACUAGAGGCGUACUUCACUGAAGAUUAAGCAGCUGUGGUAUUUGGGCUUUUUUUUUUGUUUUGUUGGGCUUUUUUUUUCCCCUUUCGUUUAUUAUUUCCCUUCUCUAGCUGAAUUUAUCCUUAUACUAAGGAAUAUGCACUUCACUGUCUCGAAGACACAGGUGUUUAGUACUUUGAAUAGGCUGAAAUAAAGAAAGAUACUGAAGCUAUAAUUGCAUCCACUACUUUUUCGCAGUGCUUUAGGAUACUGUUUUAUAUGUCAUAUUGAAGGAUGGGAAACAAAAGUUCCUUACCAAUUAUUAGGUGAUUUUUGUCUGAUUUACAUUUCCAGGUUUUCUUCAAAAUGUUUAGAUAAUUUAAUCCCGUUUUGCUGUCACUUUUAUAUGUUUCUUCUUAAUAAAUAAAUUA